AUGCCUGGCAGAGUCGCCGCCCGUUCGACAUCUGCGACGACACGCAGGUCGUCAGCACAGCCCUCUGCGUCUGGGCGCGCUGCAUCUGUGACCCCAUCGUUUGCGAUCCCCGAAGAACCUGCAGAACCAAUUUCAUCCCCCACCUUGCGUCGCGAUGUUUGCCUCAUUUUUGCGGACGCCCAGCGCUCAACUACUGGGCACCGAAAGCUAGUCGUGCGCCUACGCAAACUCCAGGAGAUCUGCUGUAAUAUAUUCCAGAAGAAAGGUGACAAGAAGGGAAAGGAUCAGGAGGCCGAGGAGGCACUGGUCCCUGGCGAAGAGACAGAGGUCGAGAAAGAAUUCAAUGUCGAAAUCGGUCGCUGCAUGCUUCGCAUCUUGACGAUCAAGAAGAGUGAGCCCGUUGGAGACCGCAUUUUGCGCUUCCUGGGUACUUUCCUCGGUCAUGCUGCUGAGAAGGAUACCGAGAUGUUCGCCUCUGGCGAAGAUGAAGACCACAAUCCCGAGACACCGACCUCUCGCCUUACUUCCAGCCUUGUUUCUCUCAUGGUUCCUGUGAUGAGCGCAAAGGACAAGAUGGUACGAUUCCGCGCAACGCAAAUUACCGCCCACAUUGUGAACUCGCUUGAAUCAAUCGACGAUGAGCUAUAUCAUACGAUAAGACAAGGCCUUCUGAGGCGUCUGCGAGAUAAAGAGCCAUCCGUUCGGGUGCAGGCUGUGAUGGGGCUUGGACGUCUAGCGGGAGAUGACGGUGAUGACGGAAGCGAUGACAAUUCCAGCGCACUUAUUGAAAAGCUACUGGAAAUCAUGCAAAAUGAUACAAGUGCCGAUGUUCGCAAAACUUUGCUCACAAAUCUGCCUCUUGCGCCGAAGACACUUCCUUACCUUUUGGAGCGCGCUCGUGACCUGGAUGCUCCCACCCGACGCGCACUGUAUUCCCGCCUUCUUCCUACAUUGGGUGAUUUCCGCCACCUGUCGCUAUCAAUGAGGGAACGACUCCUUCGAUGGGGCCUACGUGAUCGAGACGAAAGUGUGCGCAAGGCAACUGCCAAGUUGUUCUCCGAUCGUUGGGUCGAGGACUGCGCUGGGACCAACAAUGAUCCUAACGAGGGCCCGACUGGCCAACGUUCUGCUCCUGAUAUUAAUGCGCUGCUCGAGCUUUUGGAGAGAAUCGAUGUUGUCAACUCUGGAAUGGAGAGUGGAAUCGCGCAUGAGGCUAUGCGUGGCUUCUGGGAAGGCCGUGCAGACUAUCGUGAAGCCGUUGUGUUUGAUGAGCCAUUCUGGGAGGGUCUUACUGGCGAGUCCGCCUUCCUACUGCGCUCUUUCAAUGACUUCUGUCGUGUGGAGAACGAAGGGAAAUAUGACACCCUCGCCGACGAUAAGAUGCCCGAGGUCACGGCGUUCGCCUAUUUCCUAGGCAAGUACAUUACAAAACUCCUUGAGAGGAAGAAGAUUUCCAAGGAAAGCGGAGAUGCGAACGAUGAUGAUGCCGUCGAGCACGAAUUCGUUGUGGAGCAAUUGCUCCAUAUCGCUCCCACACUGGAUUAUAGUGAUGAGGUUGGGCGACGGAAAAUGUUUUCCCUGCUGAGGGAGACACUCGCUGUGCCCGAACUUCCGGAGGAGAGUACCAAAUUGGUGAUCGAGACUCUUCGAUGUGUCUGCGGACCCGAUGCCGCAGCUGAAGCCGAGUUCUGCAGUGUCGUUCUGGAAGCCAUUGCGGAAGUCCACGACACGAUCACCACGGAAGAUAGCUUUGUUUCAGCCAGAUCGGAGAUCAGUGACGACAACAGCCGAAGAUCUGAGACCCCGGGCCAAGAAGAGCAGGCUCCUUUUAAUAAGGAGGAGGCGAAGGCAAAGAUUGUCCGCGAGAUUGUCGUCAACAUGAAGUGUCUGUACAUUGCUCAGUGCAUGCUACAAAACGUCCAGGGUCAUCUGCAGUCAAACAUGAACCUGGUUACUAUGCUCAACAACCUGGUGGUACCGGCUGUUCGCAGCCAUGAAGCCCCCAUCCGUGAGCGUGGCCUCUUAUGCCUGGGUCUUUGCUGUCUACUCGACAAGAACCUAGCUGAAGAAAACAUGACUCUUUUCAUUCACUGUUAUAGCAAGGGCCACGAGGCAUUGCAGGUCACAGCCCUUCAAAUUCUUUGCGACAUGAUCACCACACAUCCCUCUCUCCUUGCUCCCGUUACUCAGUCUGACGGCGAGACCAUCACACCCCCGCCCAUGCAGAAACCGCUGCUCAAGGUUUUUGCUCGAGCUCUGCGGGCCAACUCACCCAACAGUGUACAAUCUGGAGCCGCAGCUGCCUUGUCCAAGCUACUUCUGACCAAUGCCUUCACUCCUUCCGGUCCUAAUGUGCCGCCUGCUAUCCAAGAAAUCAACCAAAAUGCGGUUGGAACUUUGCUGCAAUCGCUUGUCGUGGCAUUCUAUCACCCCCGGACCCGCGAGAACCCAGCGCUCCGCCAGUCUCUGGCUUACUUCUUCCCCGUCUACUGCCACUCCCGUGUUGAGCAUACCCAAAAUAUGCGAGCAGUGGCAGUUCCAGUCGUCCGAGCUGUGAUGAAUGCCGCAGAGGAGCACUACUCGCUUGAGGCCGAGGAAGACAGUGAUGGAGAGAUUGAUGCAAGCGUCGGUGAGCGUGAAACCAAGGCACUCAUGACCGGUGUUAUUGGCAUGCUUUCUGAAUGGACUGAUGAACGCCGGGUGGUGGGCCUUGGCGGCGAAAAGGUCCUCGCCGGUGGUGCCGCAAGCUCCAAUGUUUGUGGAUGGGUUCAUCUCGCUCUGGUCAAAGAUAUUCUUGAACGUGUACUUGGCGUCAGUGCUGGAACCAGCCGUUGCUCUCGAGAAGAGCGCAAGAUUCUGUUCUCCCUGCUCAGUAAGCUUUACUUCGCCGCUCCCACGUUGCCCCCACGAGAGCGGGCAGGUUCCCGCGCCCCCGAAAGCGAGGAUCCAUUCCGCACCAGUGUCCGCAGUGCUACUGGCAUUGAAAUCUCUCCGGAGAACAAUGAGCUUGCUUCCGAGGUCAAGGAAUUACUGGACCAGACCAUUGAAGACGGUCUCGCCGGCGAAGCCUCUAGUCGCAAUGCACUUACAAAGGCCAAGAAUGCCAUCCUGAAGAUCCUGGCCGUUGCACAAGACUCUCGUGCUGCUAGUGCCCGUCCCCGAGAGGGUACUGAAGAUCCUGAUAACGAUGGUGCUAGCGUCCGGUCAGCUAGCGUCCGACGGUCUGUAGAGCCUUCCGGGUAUGCUAACCGCCGUCACUUCUCGGUUGAACCUAGUAUCAUGGAGGAGGACGAGGGCGAGGGAAACAGUCGCAUGACAUCGGCUACUGCUAAUCGACCAAUUGUCUCAAUCGAACCUAGCAUUAUGGAGGUUGACGAGGAAGAAGAUCAUGAUACCAGCCGAGGGACGGUGAUCAAAGAAGAAACUGGCGAUGAGUGA